GCAGGUAACUUCAUUCGCUGCGUCCCAACACCCGCACCAACACACACACACACGCAACGGGAAAGGAGAAGAAGAAAAAGGACGACGCAGCAGCUAGCUUUGCUAAGUCAACGCAUCUGUGCCUCCGCGUGCAGCAAGGCGAGAAACCGGUGGUCACCGCCUUCUGACAUAUUUUUUUUUCCUGCUCUCUUGUGUUUUCAUUUCCAUGCAUUUCGAUUCUUUAUUCUCUUCCGCGUAGCAUCUCGUUUCUCGUUUCUCUUCUUCAUUCAUUCAUUCGUUUCUACAGCGUCUCUCCGUGUGGCUUCUUCUCGGUUCACAAUGAUGCGCUACAUUGUUUUUGCGGUACUCGUGGUGGCUGUGGCGCUGAGCGCCGUCCCUCCAACACACGCCUACACCACGACAGAGAAAGCGUACACCGCGCCGGAGGCCAUCAUGGGCUUCGAGAUUGUGGAGCGCAACGGCGACCCCUGCAACGACGGGUUCCCUGGCUCACACAUCGCGAUGGGCACAUCCGAGUCGAUCCAGACGAGGAUCGUUGAGACCGCUCGCAACAGCGGCAUCACGUCGAUCUUUCCGCUGGGCGGUGCUUCCCUGCAGGCAACCUGCACCGCCCAGCAGUGCACGUGGCGGUGGUACCGCGGCUUUCAUUACUUCUAUUUCACCGUCUUCUACCGUGGCGUGUACUUCACCGGGACGCACAGCUCCGCGGCGGACAACCCAACGCCCAAAGUCGAGGCCGUCGCCGGCGCCUACACGAACUGGGACACCAACUUCCCUGUUUCGUGGUCCAAUCUUAGCUACUGGGGGAAGCGGGGCGUCGUCGUGCAGCCCAGCAGUGGCAAGUGGAAGAACGUCGAGAUCGCUACGAAGUUCUCGCGGCUGGUCUGCGAGCAGUACAUCUACACCCGCUCCGACGGCGUCAACCGUCUCACGCCGACCUUCCCGAACGGCGACCCCAUCACGCUCGUCGCCAGCUCCGGCCACGUCUACUCUUUCUGCGGCCACCCAGUUAAAAUAGACAAGUACGGCACGUGGAUUUUGCCGCAGUGUGGCAAUAAGUUUCCUUGGUGGGCCGGCCUGGUCAUCGCGGUGGUGUGCUACAUUAUCCUUGUCGCCGCCAUCAUUGCCAUCUGGUGCUGCUGCUGUACACGGCGGCGCAAUGCGGAAGAGAAGCGUCGCCGCCACGUGAUUGCGACGGAGAAGGACAACAUGAACCACAUCCCGAGCCAGUCGGAGCUGGGGCUGAGCCGCAACCGGUCCUUUACGCAAAGCAACAGCGAAGCUGACGACACAUUCAGUGACCGCAGCGGAUCGGAGUCCGAGAGCGAUGUGCACCGCGAAUGA